AAACCCAAUGCAUGCGCACCCUUCCCCAUCGAACACAUGAUGAAGAGAUUCGGGCACGCUAUCGGCCUGCCCACCGACGUGGAUGGUGGCAGCGGUGGGAGGAAGAAGAAGGGCUUGAAGGAGCGGGGCGACCAGGUCAUGACUGAGGGGCAGCUGCCGCUUGGGGAGCCGCCCGAGGCCUCAGAGGGCCGACCACCCAGCCGCACUCCGCCGUCAGCUCCCCGCCCCUCCGUGCGAUUCGGCAGCGACAGUCCUCAAUCGAGCCAGCCCCUCCCCACGCCUCAGCAGCCCCUGUCGCCCUACGGCCGCCGUCUCGGAGUGAAUCUGACUCCGACUCCGACUCUUGUCCCGGUUCUGAUUCUCGUUCCUCCCCUUCUUUCCCACGGGCCUCCCUGUCAUCACACUCUGCCGACCAAGACAUUCUGACCCCUUCCAGUGGACCAGAUGAUGCACCGCCGCAGCACUCAUCUCCCAGUGCGUCCCACGAAUCGUCGACCACGGGGGAGCAGCUGGAGAGCCCUACCGUCAACCAAAGUCUCCCCCUGGAGCCGGUGGGACGGUCACAUGCGAAGUCCGCGAGAACGGAAGAACAAGUGCUGUCGGAAUGGAAGAAGGUAAGAGCGACACGGGUAUCAGAGGUGCGAGAAUGCAUUAAGUCUUGUUUGUCUGUCUGUCUGUCUGUCUGUCUGUCUGCAGAUGAAGGAGCGUCUCUUCGAGAAUGUACCCCAGCUCAAGACGGCCGGAAAAGCCGUAUCAUCGAAGGACUUCAUGGAUUGUGAGGGUAUGAAUGUGCUCCUUGCUGGGACGGUCUUUCGCUAUGACAGCCGUGAGGCAAGCUCUGCCCCUAAGUCCCUACUGACAGCCCCACUGACGCUCACCGAGGAGAAAGGACUCGAGGACGUGGCAAGGGAGGGGGACCUCAUUUUCAAGAAGAUCGACCGUGGCAACACACAAGUACUGAUUCCGAAGCAUACAGCAGCUUCCUAGCGCUCAUUUGCCGUCGUUGUUGUUGUGUGUGUGUGUGGGGGUGUGUGUGCAGUCGUCAGUUCCUGAGGUGGUGGUUCAUGCGUGGCUGUCGCAGCACGCUCGCAAAGAGGUCAGCCGACUGGCCCCGAAGCUCUAUGGCAUCGUCAGCACUGAGGGCACUGAGGGAAUGGACCACUGGAGUGUCAGCGGUGAGGCUCCAGACACACACCCGCCAAUGCGCCGCGGUGGCCACGGUGCCCAUUCAUGUGAUGUGGUGGUCACUGUCUGUCUGUCAGAGUGCAUCUCUGGUGGCUCACUGAAACUGGAUGACCCGAAGCUUCCGGACAUGUCUCUGGCUGAGAAGGCCAAUUUCUGCCUUCAGGUCAGUCGGCCGCAUCGCACCCUGUCCAUCUCGUGCAGCAAUGUGUCUCCCUCUCGUUGGGUUUGCUGUGUCUCCCUCUCGUUGUUGUGGGUGUAGUUGUUGCGUCACGUCGAGGAGCUGCAUUCACUGGGCAUCGCACACGGCGACCUGUCGCUGGCCAACCUGCUGUUGCGGCGACAAGGCCACGGCUACGAACUCUUCCUCAACGACUUCGAGACUGCUGGUACGGAGACACGACAGCGAUUGGCGUCUUGCCUGGCGUCUCGCACUCGCACACACCGCCACGCACACUCUACGCCGUCAUGGAUUCGCUCUGCCUGUUUGUGGCGUGCAGUGGCUGGUUUGGACAAGAAAGGAAAGGAGAAGAGGCUCGAGACAUAUCUGACAAGAGGAAAAGGAGGCACCCCUCAGUUCAUGGCCCCCGAGAAGAACCUCAUGUCGUCGUUUGCCCGGGCGAGCAGAGAGGAAGACGACACGGGCGAUGGCGGCAACCAAGACGGCUCGAAGGACCUUGUUUGGUAA